AUGUCGUCCUCGCCUUCUCUGCGCAAGAGAGGUGGCAAGAAGGAUACUCCCGCCGUCAGCUCCAAUGAUGGCUCAGCUCCAGUGGUCGCCUCCGGCAAGCGAAACUCGGAAUGGGAUUACUGGCUGGCCAUAACCAUUCUGACCGUCUUGGCCUUUGCGACUCGCUUCUGGCGCAUUGACUACCCCAAUGAGGUGGUCUUCGAUGAGGUUCACUUUGGAAAGUUCGCCUCUUACUAUCUGCAACGCAUGUACUUCUUCGAUGUCCACCCGCCGUUUGGAAAGCUGCUCUUUGCACUCAUGGGCUGGUUGAUCGGAUUUGAUGGCCACUUCUUCUUCGAGAACAUCGGUGACUCGUACAUCGAGAACAAUGUCCCCUACGUGGCACUCCGCGCUAUGCCUGCCACCCUCGGUGCCCUUACUAUCCCCGUUGUGUUUUUGACCAUGUGGGAAUCCGGGUACUCUCUGCCUGCCUGUGUUCUGGCCGCCGGUCUGAUGGUGUUUGACAAUGCCCACAUUGCCGAGGAUCGUCUCAUUCUUCUGGACGCAACCCUGGUUCUGAGCAUGGCUCUGAGUGUUCUAUGCUACGUCAAGUUCUACAAGCUGCGUCAUGAGGCGUUCGGGCGCAAGUGGUGGAAGUGGCUGCUUUUGACUGGAUUCUGCCUGAGCUGCGUAAUCUCCACCAAGUAUGUCGGUGUAUUCACCUUCGUCACCAUUGGUGCGGCUGUCCUAGUCGAUCUGUGGAACCUCUUGGACAUCAAUCGCCGCCAGGGUGCCCUUGAUAUGGUCACUUUCACCAAGCACUUUAUUGCCCGUGGUGUUGGCCUUGUUGUGAUCCCGUUCUUCUUCUAUCUGUUCUGGUUCCAGGUUCACUUCGCCAUUCUCACCCGCUCCGGACCCGGCGAUGAGUUCAUGUCCCCGGAAUUCCAGGAGACUCUCAGUGACAACGCUAUGACUGCUCAGUCAGUCGGCGUCCAGUACUUCGACAGCAUUACCAUGCGUCACAAGGACACCAAGGUUCUCCUCCACAGCCACUACGAGAACUACCCCCUGCGAUAUGACGAUGGCCGUAUCUCCAGCCAGGGACAGCAGGUUACUGGAUACCCCCACAACGACACGAACAACCUGUGGCAAAUUCUUCCCACCAAGCCCCUCGCAGAUGAUGGCCAGCCCAAGAGCGUGCAAAACGGUGAUUUCAUUCAGCUCCGCCAUGUGGGCACUGACACCUUCCUCCUGACCCACGAUGUGGCUUCUCCUUUCUUCCCAACCAACCAGGAGUUCACCACUGUCUCUCAAGAGCUGGCUGCCGGCGAUCGCCACAACGACACCAUGUUCGAGAUCCAGAUCCAGAACGGCAAGCCGGAGCAAGAGUUCCGCACAUAUGCAAGCUUGUUCAAGCUGAUUCAUGUGCCGACUCGAGCCGAGAUCAACGGCAACAAGAACAUCCUGCAAUCCAGCAACGUAUGGUUCGCCGAGACCAUUGACGGUCUGGAAGCUGAUAGCCCUCGCCUGGUGCGCCAGGAGCGCAAGCCCAAGCAAAUCUCCUUCCUGCGCAAAUACUUCGAGCUGCAGGGAGCCAUGUUCCACCACAACAACGCCCUGACCAGCAGCCACCCCUACGCCACCGAGCCAUUCCAGUGGCCCUUCCUGCUCCGCGGCGUGAGCUUCUGGACCAAGAACGACACCCGCGAGCAGAUCUACUUCCUCGGUAACCCCAUCGGAUGGUGGAUUGCCAGCAGUCUGCUCGCCGUUUUCGCCGGCAUCGUUGGAGCCGACCAGCUUUCGCUCCGCCGUGGCGUGGACGCCCUCGAAGAAAUCUGGGGCCCCGGCACCCGGUCGCGCCUGUACAACAGCACGGGCUUCCUGUUCCUGUGCUGGGCCGCACACUACUUCCCCUUCUGGCUCAUGGGCCGCCAACGUUUCCUGCACCACUACCUGCCCUCGCACCUGGCGUCGACGAUGGUGACUGGCGCGCUGAUUGAAUUUAUCUUCAACCUGCAGCCACUGGAUCCUGACACGGCCGCCCCACCUGCCGACGAUCCCUCUGGCAAGGCCAAGGGACGGGUGAGCCGGAGUGUGCGCCGAUUCGUCACGGCGAAGGAGCGCAUGGGGUGCAAGUCUGUCAUUGCGGCGUGGGCGGCGACGACGGUCAUUCUUGGCGUUACGAUCUGGGGCUUUAUCUUCUAUGCGCCUUUGACUUAUGGUACCCCGGGUUUGGAUGUGGAUGGUGUUGUUGCGCGCAAGUGGUUGAACUACGACCUUCACUUUGCCAAAUAG